CCAAACCCUGUGGUCAACGGCGCGCGGGUUUCCAGGCUCCGCGUUCUGGGCCCGAGUUAGAAUCCUGUCAGCUGAGGACUGGAAAGAAGUGAUUAUUUUUCUGUUGCUCACCUUUCAACAUGAAGGAGGAUCAAGUUGUGGCGGAAGAACCAGGAUUCCAAGAUGAAGAGGAAUCUUUGUUUCAAGAUAUUGACCUGUUACAAAAACAUGGAAUUAACGUGGCUGACAUUAAGAAACUGAAAUCAGUAGGAAUCUGUACCAUCAAAGGUAUACAGAUGACAACACGAAGAGCUCUAUGCAAUGUCAAAGGACUCUCAGAAGCCAAAGUAGACAAGAUUAAAGAGGCAGCGAACAAACUACUUGAACCAGGAUUCUUGACUGCAUUUGAGUAUAGUGAAAAGAGGAAAAUGGUUUUCCAUAUCACCACCGGGAGCCAGGAAUUUGAUAAGUUACUAGGAGGUGGAAUUGAAAGCAUGGCAAUUACAGAAGCUUUUGGAGAAUUUCGUACUGGAAAAACCCAGCUCUCUCAUACCCUCUGUGUGACAGCUCAACUUCCAGGAGCCGGUGGCUACCCAGGAGGAAAGAUUAUCUUCAUUGAUACAGAAAAUACUUUCCGUCCAGAUCGCCUUCGGGACAUUGCUGAUCGCUUCAAUGUAGACCAGAAUGCAGUACUGGACAACGUACUUUAUGCACGUGCAUAUACUAGUGAACAUCAGAUGGAGCUACUUGAUUAUGUAGCAGCAAAGUUCCAUGAAGAAGCUGGCAUCUUCAAACUAUUGAUUAUCGAUUCAAUAAUGGCACUUUUUCGAGUGGAUUUCAGUGGCCGUGGAGAGUUGGCCGAACGGCAGCAAAAAUUGGCCCAGAUGUUGUCACGACUCCAAAAAAUCUCAGAAGAAUAUAAUGUGGCUGUUUUUGUGACCAAUCAGAUGACUGCUGAUCCAGGAGCAACUAUGACCUUUCAGGCAGAUCCCAAAAAACCCAUUGGGGGACACAUUCUGGCUCAUGCUUCAACAACAAGAAUAAGCUUGCGAAAAGGAAGAGGAGAGCUCAGAAUUGCCAAGAUUUAUGAUAGUCCUGAGAUGCCUGAAAAUGAAGCCACCUUCGCAAUAACUGCUGGAGGAAUUGGGGAUGCCAAGGAGUAGGUGGUGAAUUGAUGCAAAUCGCUUCUUAGUGCUUAUUAGGAGCUGAAGAAAUGGAAAAGCAGUCUCCAAUUUCACAUCUUGAAAUAGAGGUUUUUUCCCACAUGUUACUAAAGGAAAGUCAGCAAAAGAUAUUUAAAUCUUAUAUUUAUCUUAAAAGUCCUUGAUUUGUGAUAACUAUACAUUGUAUGUAAAUUCAGGGAUAUGUAUAUAUGUGUGUGUGCGUGCGUGUAUGUGUGUAUACCUGACAUAUAUAGUAGAUAUAUGUACCUAUUGAAAUUCUCUCAUUCUGUGUAUGUAUAUAUACCUAUGGAAAACUAGUUGUUGGGAAAGGGGUACGUGAUGCCCUCCCUUUCACUUUUCAAAGUGAGCCACUAAGCAGAUGGAAAGUCUAAGAGUUCAGAAAUGCCCCAUUCUCCUAAGGACUUUGCCUUCACCAUUUUUCUAGGGUAUAGUGCCACUGACUUACAGAGCUGGAUGUUUUUCCAUAAGAAAAAACCUCUUUCUAUUUAUAAUGCCAAACUGCAUAUUCACCUUUAUAGCAACAGAAAACAAACAUUAAAGU